AUGUCUUCGUUGAUAGAUGCUGUCAUAAAUUCAGACAACCUCAAUGCCGACCUUGCUGCCCUCAAUGUCGGAACUCCUGCCAGCGACGCACAAACGCCGCGCGCACGGCAACCUCGCUCUUCAUCGCGGCCCCGGGGGCCCAUGUCGGAGAGCGCGGGCGCGAAUAGCGAUGCAGAAGGAUAUGCAGAUGAUGAGCUUGUUGGUCGAAGAGGCACGAGGAAAGGACCACGGGGUCCUCGAGGCGAUAUCCCCAGAGUGGUGGAUGCGACUGGCGAGAAGCUUGCACAAACGUUCGAAGGGUUCUUAGAGAGCUACACGGAAGACCUGUCAUCUUCCGGCGCCCCAGUUUCGAGCAUUCAGACGACAGACAAGUACUACAUUGCCCAGAUACACGGCCUCAAGCAGUAUUCGCUGUCCACUCUAUACGUCGACUACACCCAUCUCCUCCGACACGGAGACGGUAUCCUUGCUCAAGCAGUCGGCAACGAAUACUACCGCUUCCUCCCUUUCAUGAUUCGAGCACUACACAACCUGAUCGCAAAGUACGAGCCCCAAUACUUCCGCGAACAUCGCCAGCCGACCUCUACCUCCUCUGCCGGCACCAAUGCAUCCGUUGCAGGCACCGACCCUAGCCAAAACGACAGCAUAGCGGAUAAGACGCCGAACCAGCAGACGGACAAGCUCUUCACACUCGCAUUUUACAACCUGCCCCUCGUCUCCCGCAUCCGACAACUACGGACCCUGCAGAUCGGCAGGCUUCUCAGCAUUUCCGGCACCGUGACCAGGACAUCUGAAGUCCGACCCGAGCUCUCUCUCGCAACGUUCGUCUGCGAAGUCUGCAAUACGGUCGUGCCAAACAUCGAGCAGACAUUCCGCUACACCGAACCAACGCAAUGUCCCAAUCUGACAUGCGGCAACCGACAAGGUUGGCGGCUCGACAUCCGCCAAAGCACAUUCGUCGACUGGCAAAAAGUUCGCAUCCAAGAGAACAGCUCUGAGAUCCCUACGGGCAGCAUGCCGCGCACCAUGGACGUGAUCCUGCGGGGUGAGAUGGUCGAGCGCGCGAAAGCAGGCGAGAAGUGCAUCUUCACCGGCACCCUCAUCGUCAUCCCCGACGUCAGCCAGUUCGCCGUGCCUGGCGUGCGGCCGCAGGCAACGCGCGACAACGGCAACGCCCCUCGCGGCGCAGAUGUCGGCGGCUCCGGUGUCAGCGGUCUCAAGUCCCUCGGCGUCCGCGACCUGACAUACCGCCUCGCCUUCCUUGCCUGCAUGGUAAUCCCGGACACCUCGACUGCCGGCCAGUCGACCCAGCACCACCACCUCACAGGCCAAGCAGGCAACAUCCUCGCUUCGCUCAACCAGACCUCUCCGCUAGAAUCAGACGCAACAGGCGAGGAAGCACAGACUGAAUAUCUAGGCACGCUCACCCAAGCCGAGAUCGAAGACCUGCGAAACAUGGUCCACAAACCCAACAUCUUCAUGGCGCUCGUCGACUCCAUCGCGCCGAUGGUCUGGGGCCACCAAGUCAUCAAAAAAGGGCUACUCCUACAACUCAUGGGCGGCGUUAGCAAAACGACCCCCGAAGGCAUGGCGCUGCGCGGCGACAUCAACAUCUGCGUCGUCGGCGAUCCCAGCACCUCGAAAUCGCAGUUCCUCAAGUACAUCUGCAGCUUCCUGCCGCGCGCGGUCUACACCUCCGGCAAAGCCUCUUCUGCCGCAGGUCUCACAGCCGCAGUGGUCAAAGACGAAGAAACAGGCGAAUUUACAAUCGAGGCCGGAGCCCUCAUGCUUGCGGACAACGGCAUCUGCGCCAUCGACGAGUUCGACAAGAUGGAUAUUGGCGACCAGGUCGCGAUCCACGAGGCCAUGGAGCAGCAGACCAUCAGUAUCGCCAAGGCGGGCAUCCAGGCGACGCUGAACGCGCGCACCUCGAUCCUCGCGGCCGCGAACCCGGUCGGUGGGCGGUAUGAUAGAAGAAAGACGCUUAGGGCGAACGUCAAUAUGAGCGCGCCCAUCAUGUCCCGCUUCGACCUCUUCUUCGUCGUGCUGGACGAGUGCUCCGAGUCCGUCGACCGCAAGCUCGCAGACCAUAUCGUGAAUAUUCAUCGGCUGCGCGACGAGGCUGUCGAGCCCGAGUUCAGCACCGAGCAGCUGCAGCGCUACAUCCGGUUCGCGCGGACCUUCAAGCCGGAGUUCACGCCCGAGGCGAAAACGGUGCUAGUCCAGAAGUACAAAGAGCUUAGGGCGGAUGAUGCACAGGGCGGUAUUGGACGGAACAGCUAUAGGAUUACAGUCAGGCAGCUCGAGAGUAUGAUUAGGCUGAGUGAGGCGAUUGCGAAGGCGAACUGCGUCAUGGAAGUUACGCCGGAGUUUGUGGGCGAGGCGUAUAAUUUGCUCCGCCAGAGCAUCAUCUCGGUCGAGAAGGACGACAUUGAGGUUGAAGACGACGAGGAGGGCGAGGCUGUUGCGGGAGCUGAGCGCGACGGUGAUGGAGAUGGUGACUCGCCCAUGGCGGACGGAGAUGCAGAUGCAGACGGUGAAGCUGGCCCGUCGAAUGCGUCCGCAAGGGGACCGUCUGCUACGCCUGCGCCUGCGAGGCCGAGGACGAAGAUCACGUACGACAAGUACAUGUCGAUACUCAACCUCAUGGUGCAGAGGGUCAACGCGGAUCAGGCGUCAGCGGAAGACGGCGUCGAAGAGGAGGAUCUGCUGAUCUGGUAUCUCGAGCAGAAGGAGUCCGAGCUGGAGAGCCAGGAGGAUCUGGAACACGAGAGGAGCCUGGCGAAGAAGGUGUUGAAGAGGAUGGUUAAGGACAACGUCUUCAUGCAAAUACGUGGCGAAGGCCUUGCUGACGAGGAAGGCCAGGGCCUUGAGGGCCAAGCUGACAGGGUGGUCUAUGUGCUGCAUCCGAACUGUGCAGUGGAGGAGAUGGGUGCUGUACCAGCUGUUGGAUAG